UGGACCGGUACACGAUACUCGAUUUUCGGCGCGAAAGCACUCGUACGCUCCCUCAGUUUCGAAUCCCGAACGCCAAACGACGCGGUCAAUUUUCUUCGACUGACGAACAUCGAAUCGACUCGAUGAAGUGCCACGCUACCGUGUCCAUCCUCGUCCUCUCUGCUCUGAUCGGGGCGGUCGUUCAGGUAACAGCCGUGCCCGCUUCUCAGACGGGAACGAAUGCAUUACGCAGAGAUUUCUACGGGCCGGAGGUGUUAGAAGCGUUCCUCGUCGAUCAUGAUGCAAGAGCUCCGCGCGAUCAAGAACUAUUGGACGAUGACCAGCCGAGACGAAUCCGACCUUGGUCCAGCCAAAUUCGUCCCGGAUCGACGGUAUUCUCGGUCGACGAAGUGAACGAACUGUCUCCGAUUAGGUCGACCAGGCUUCUACUGGGCGACCGGACGCUGCUCGAGCAAUUCCCGAAACGUAACAUCGACGAGAUCGAUCGGACGGCUUUCGACAAUUUUUUCAAACGGAACUUAGGCGAGAUAGAUCGCGUUGGGUGGAACGGGUUUAUCAAGAAACUAUCGGAUCACCUGGCCGCUGGUAGAAUGGGCAUCCUCGAAAGGCGUGGCUGACGGACUCGAGAUCAGGGAAGAAACAAAAUCAUCAAUUUCACGUCCCAUCUUCCUUCCUCUCUCAAAAACCUUCUCUAUUUUAAUUUUCCUUAAAAAAUUUGAUUCUGAAAUAUCGAAAGUCGGGCAACUACGAAGAAGGGAACGAGAUAAAUUUUAUUUCCGGCUAUGAUUCGCGCUUCGAUUCUCCCGCAGGAGUCGGCGGUUGGUUGACUUCGUCCAGAAGACGGACUUCCGGUGUCGUGGCGAUUCGCCCACGACCGUCAACCGCUCUUCGCGUGGCCGCGUCUCGCGGGUUACACGCGGAGAAUUUCGUUAAAGGAUUUCGUGGACCGUCCCUCGCGCGUUCCCGCCUCGAAUCGUCCGGCCUCUCGACCUCCUGUUCCGGAUUCUCGGAUUUCCUCCUCUCGUACGCCGCCACGAUCUUCUCGACCUCCUCGCUCACGUUCAUCGGCGUCUCGACCCUCACGCUCUCCCUGUCGCGAUCCAUGCGCACCAGCUGACAAAAUUCGUGAGCUCGCUUCGAUUCCGCUAUACGAUCCUUCGCUCCAUACCGUAGAAAAUCUGUACGCUUACCUCGAUCACGUUUUCCUCGAGGUUAGCGAAUCUUUGUAACAUCGCAUCUAGCUUUGCGUUCCGCACGGUCAACCGUUCAGUGAUUCGCAGUUCUUUCCCUAUGUCUUCUUCGAUCUUCGAUCGAGUUCCGAGCGAUUCGCGGAAUUGAAAAUAUUUUAUCUGUAGCUAUUCUGUUUUACGUACCUCGUCCAUCCCUUUGGAGACUUGUUCGCUGAUAUAACCAAGGUUCUCGCGCGCCCGACGGACCUGCUGACACACACAGACAUAGACACGCCGUUCGCGUGAAUAUUUAAUGAAACCGAUCGUUCGUUAAUCGCGUAUACGUUACGAUCGUGGCGUAUUCCCUCAUCUCGGUAAUGAUCUUGCGUCUCAGUCUCGUCGCCGCUAGAAACUAAAUACCCAGCAUGUAUCUCUCUGUCGUCCCUUCCCGAAAAUUUGUCGCAACGAAAGAUAUGUAGCUUACGCGGUGGCACACGUAGAGCAAGAUCACCAUGUUGGCGAACAUCGGGAUCGAGCUACCGAGCAACUGUUGCACCAGAUGCAUCACUGCGUGAUCGUUACCGCGGUAUCGUUUAACGAAUGGCGAGCGCCGCGAAAAUCCCCUUCUUUCUCAUCAUCGUUGUUCAUCGACGCGACGAGAUGUCAGUCUAUCUGAAGUUGAUCGACAAAACAAAACCUGGUCGACUCUCGUUUCUUAUUAUUUACGCAUCGAUUCACGUCGGCAAACGUUCGUUUCUUCGAGUGGAGGUCGCUCAUUUAUUUAUUAUUAUUUACAGGUGAAAGAUUCUAUCUGUCCUUCCUCAAGCGCGACGAGCUCGGAGCUUUCUUUUUUCUGCUAAUUACCUACACGGGCUCAUCGAUUUUACAAUCUCGAUUCUUAUCACGGGUAACUCGUGUGACUUAUGGCUUGCGCGCAAUCCGAUUCUUUUAUUACGACCACCGCAUUUACUUUUUACGAUUUCUUAGUUCUUAUGCCAUUGAUGUGAUGUACCUAUUUAUCGAGAUACAAAUAAAACGAACAAACUGA